AUAAUCGCCUGAUACAUUCAACAGUUACACUGUUGUGUGACAAAAUUAUGUGUCUGAUAACUGUGUGACAAACUUGAAUCGUGUAGUACCGCGUUGUGUGUACGUGCAGUGUUUGACAAUAUAUGCAUCAACUUGUAAAGUGUGACUACCACUGACCGGCGGACUAUUGAGAUGUUUCUGCAGCAGUCGGACAAUUUGCUGACCACCAUGGUGCCAGGAUCUGAUCCCUACUUCAUGUCUCCAUUCUCUUCCAUUUACAGGCGACACACGCCCUACAUGGGACAGCCAGACUACCGCAUCCAUGAACUCAACAAGCGCCUGCAGCAGCGGACAGAGGACAGUGACAACCUGUGGUGGGAUGCCUUCACUACAGAAUUCUUUGAGGAUGACGCCAACCUGACGUUAUCAUUUUACCUGGAGGACGGACCUAAACGAUACACGAUCGGUCGGACAUUGAUACCUCGCUACUUCAGGAGUAUAUUUGAGGGAGGAGUAACUGAUCUGUACUACAUCCUGAAAUACCCCAAGGAAUCCUUUCACAACACCUCAAUCACUCUCGACUGUGACCAGGCUACCAUGGUCACUCAUCAUGGUAAACCAAUGUUCACCAAGGUGGUGACAGAGGGGAGACUUAUCCUGGAAUUCACGUUUGAUGACCUGAUGCGCAUACGUUCCUGGCAUUUUCAAGUGCGGCAACACAGAGAACUCAUCCCACGAAGCGUAAUAGCAAUGCAGCAAGACCCUGCUAUGGUGGAACAGCUGUCUAAAAACAUCACGAGGCAGGGCCUCACUAACUACACGCUUAACUUUCUACGGUUAUGUGUGAUAUUGGAGCCGAUGCAGGAGUUGAUGUCUCGACAUAAGGCCUAUGGUCUCAACCCACGCGACUGCCUCAAAACCACCCUCUUUCAAAAGUGGCAGAGAAUGGUGGCACCUCCUGGCAAGGGGAAACCUGACACAGCAAGACAGCCAGGCAAAAGGAAGAGAAGAAAGGCGUCGGCCAGUAGUGCUGGAGGAGGCAUGAACAGCACCACACCUCCAGCGGGCAAGAAACGCUCUCCAGGGCCCCAGGGUAUCGGUACAUCUGUCCCGGGGAAUUUAAUGUUACAACAGGACGUAAUGGUAGUCGGAGAGCCAACACUGAUGGGCGGAGAGUUUGGUGACGAGGAUGAGAGACUGAUAACAAGGCUUGAGAAUUCUCAGUUUGAACCAAACAACACAGAAGAGGACUCGAAGGACUUCCAGAAUAGUCCAGCCCUACAGCAUAGUCCCUGGGGGCAGGAUAAGAAACCCCCUACCGCUCCCCCAGGGUCGUCGGGGCCGCCCAACCCAGACGACAAGGUGGAGUAACCCAGGGGACCAUCAUCCAUCAGAAAUUUUAAAAGCUGUUUUUCCAUCAAUAUUUGUCAGAUUGCAUCAUUGUAAGACCCCAUUGUUCAUGUGAUGAUGAUUGUGACUUUUGACCUCAUUUGUUUUCAUCUUAUGAUUGGUUAACUUGACCUUGUAGUCAUUGGUGUCUGUCAACAUUUUCUUGAAAUAAUGACAUGACAUCGUCAUCCACAUUUUCUUGAUUGCUGAUCUUUGACAUUGUCAUUGGUAAUCAUUCCCAUUUUUGUGAUCAGUGACCUUUGACCUUGUCAUAGAUGAACUUUCACCUUGUGUUUGAUGACCUUAUUUCUGAUGAUCAAUCUGCUGAUCAUUUUCUCUCUGUAAUGUAAAUGUCUUUUAAUUUAUAAUAUGGAUACAAUAUCUCAAGGCAGAUGAAAAAAAAAUGAAACUAGUGAUAAAUAUUUUAUUUUGGAGCAAUUUAGCAUUUUUUGCAAGUUAAGUUGUCCCUGUUUCAAUAACAAACUUUGUUCUAGCACUUCAAAUCAAAAAUUAAAGUUUUCUGUUUUAGAGUGAUUUUAGUGAGAGUCGUAUAUUAUCAGGAAAAUUAUGUAAUUACUCUUACACAACAAAUGCAAGUGUCGUUAUUGGCUUUAAUGUACAGUGGGAAUGUUGAACACUGUAAGAUGGCAAGUGUGAUGUCGGGAAGUAUUUUGAUGUUGUAUUUCAUGAGAUAAAGACGGAUGCACAAUUCCCAUGGUCCAAAUUUUGACUUAAAAUGGAGUAGAUGACCUACUGUAUCAUCAGUGUCUUUUUGAUCUUGCUCGUAGAGACGUGAUCAUAUUUCAGAUAGAAGGAUGAUCUGUAAUGAUCAUGAGAUGACUUUGAGCUGUUUCAGUUAAGCCUAUACGAUACAAGGGGAAAGGUACUUUUACAAGUAUGGUAUGUCAUGCUUCUCAAUAACAAUUUGCUAUAUAUGUGCAUCAGUAAAAAAUAUUAUUGGUGUGUGUAUAAACAAUCGGCUGAAGGGCUGAUACUGAGUAUGAUACAAAAAGACAUAUAUUUAUUUCUAUAGAAGUAUGAAGGAGUAUGGUGAGGGGGUACAGUGAUUGUUUUGCCCAGUUAAGUAUUACAACCAAAAUGAAAUACAGGCUACUUCCCCAAGCAAAAAAGGAAUAUCUUCCCAGUUUCAAUACAAUCCCUGGAACUAGAUCUAUAAAUGUUACUGUACAGGAAAUAUUUCUCGUUUCACAGUAGGAAUCUCUUGUAGUGUUGUGUAAAAUUACAUGUAAAAUGGCUUACGAUUUCUUGUUCAUUCUGUGCUUCAAGAGUUUGUGUAUGUUCAGAUGAGAGAGUGAAACAUUAGGAUACCCAGGUUGGACGAUGUUUGGUCAUCAAUUUCACCAGAAAAGAGUGCUUGCCAUACAUUCACAUCACUACUAAUUUAAAUUAAAUCUUCGGUAAUAUGUGUGGCAUUUAUAAAAAAAAAAAACAUUUAGUAUCUCUCAAAGUUGUUCCUGUGAAGUAGGUAAGAAGAAUGGAUUUUGUAUUGUACUCAAGACUUUUACAUAAAAACAAGUCAAUUGCAUUAGUAACAAAAAUAAUGCACAGCUAUAAACAAGUUCUUCCUAGGUGUUUAGAUAAAUCAUUUCUGGAAAAAAAAACUACCUUGGGGGACUUUCAUGAGAAAUAAUAAAGAAAUACAAAAAUGUACACAAAAUAUAAUCAACAACAGUGUUUUGAGGGUAAAAAUGAAGUGGGGGACUGGAAGUUGAAUUCUGGACCUGAGAUUGUUAUGCUAUUGCUUUAACCAAAUGAACUACCUGGUCAACAGAUUAUCUUGGGCUAAUAUUUUCCAGUUACAUACAAAAGGAAGUUAAGGGGAGGUUACUGUGUAUAGGAAAUACAAUAGUGCAGUGGGUCCUUAAUUCGCUUUUUAGCUCCUAAUAUCAACAAGUAGAUUCUGUUUGCUCCAGGAGAAUUGUGUGAGAGAGGAAUCACUUUCCUGUGUAUGUUUAGGGAGCAGAAUACCAUUUAAUGAAAUUUCCAAAUUGAGUUGCCACCUUAACAAACCUUGGGUUUUACUAGAAUAUUGAAUCCUGUCAUUUUGAAUUUUACUUUUUUAUAUGCAUGCACAUGAUUCUUUGUGAGACAGCAGUUCAAAUGUUGGUCUAUAAUUGCCAUAUAUAUAUAUAUAAAUAUCAUCAUUAUCUUUUCUCUGUCUUUUAUAGUGCAAUAAAUGCACUAUUCCUUUUUGUAUUGCCACAUUUAUUAUUCAAAUCUUCCUU